UCCGGUUAUGAUCACUUCCGGGAGGAGCCGCGUGGUUUUUAGUAGUGUUGUUAUAGGCUUCACAUGAUUGCCUGAUUAUGGUUGUAUUUUCCGAAAUGGCUCUGAAUUUAGAUGAAGCACAGGUGAAAAAGGCAGCCUCAGCAAUCAAGACAUUUGCUUCUAAGAAAGGUGCCAACCUACUUCUUAAUGAAGCUGACAGUGUUAAGCUGCAGCUGACGUUCAAGGUGAUACCAAAGGUGAAGAACAAAAUUAUCAAGAUUCCACUCAGUCAUCCUAUAACCAGUGAGACAACUGACGUGUGCCUGUUUGUGAAAGAUUUGGACAAGAAAAACAGAGAAUAUGGACCUACUGUCAGGCAUUUUCAAGAACUUCUGCAAAGUAAAGGUGUCAAGUGUGUUUCUGAGAUAAUUCCUUUAAAGCAGCUUAAACUGGAAUAUCAGCCAUUUGAAGCCAAGAAAAGUCUUUCCAACAGAUUUGAUAUAUUCUUGGCAGAUGAGAGAAUACUGAGACUUCUACCUGGGUUUCUUGGAAAGGCCUUUUAUGGAAGAAAGAGGCAUCCAGUGCAGGUAAAUUUGAAUGCUACUGAUCUGAAACAGGAGGUGAACAAAGCAGUGAAUAAUACACAGUGUAUCAUCAGUGGUCGAGGGUCAAACAGCAUGGCUAAGGUUGGUCACAGUGACAUGACACUUGAUGAGUUAACAGAAAAUAUCAUGGCAGCUGCCAAAACACUCGCACAGGCAAUACCUGGAGGUGUUAACAACAUAAGAAGCAUGCAUGUGAAGACCGAGACUUCUCCAGCACUUCCUAUAUAUGUGUCACUAGGAACUGCAGAUGAGGUGAUUCUUCCAUCUCCACCUCCCAAACCUGAGGAAGAUGAACCUGAAGAUGUCACCACUGUUGAGGAGGGAAAAGUCAAGGUGACAAGACAUGGGGUGGUCAAAAUUAUCCCAGAGGAAUCAGAUGGACAGAAUAAAAGUGAUGUAAAGAAAGGAAAGAAAAAGAGAAAAUCGGAUGUUGUUGAUAAACCAGCUCAGGAGGAAAAUGUACCUCCGCCCAUUAAAAAAUCAAAGAAGAAAUCUGAGAACAUUGAGGAGAAAGCAGAAGAAACUGUGAAAAAGGGGAAAAGUUCCAAAACUAUUAAAGGUCCUACCACAAAAACAAGUAUUGAGUCCACAAAGAAAAAGAACACUAAAAAGUUGAGAAAAGAACCUGCAAAUGCCACUGGAGAGGAUCUGGUUGAAACAGUUACUGUAAAGAAAACAAAAAAGACCAAGAGUGGUACAGGAGUAAAAAGCUCAAAACAAAACACGAAGAAAGUAAUUUCUGUAAAAUCUGCUGUCAAAAGGACACCUAGGUCUUCCAGCUCUUCUAGAUAAUCGAUUAAUGACUUUGGACUUUCAAUUAAUGCUUUGAAGGACAAGUAAGACUUUCUGAAUACAUUGCAGAUCAGCCCUAAUUAUGAUUAUUGAGAAUACUUCUUGUCUCAUUUCAUUUUGCCAACAACUUCACUGGAUAUAAAUGAAGAUAAUUUCAAUGAAAUGUCUUCAUUGUUUGUUUUUCAUAUAUGGAGGGGUAUCAUGAUGAUUCUUGAAUUUUUUUUAAAAUAUACACCAAGGACAAUGACAGGUUUAAAUAGACCUGCACCUAAAAUUAAGUCUGUCAAGUUGAAGGACAAAAGGCCCUUGGCCCUUUGUAAAAUGUUGGUCAUGUGCAUACAACGAGUUUGUUGCAUUAAAAAUAUGUAAUUUCUUCAUUUCCAAUUUUUUCAAUCUUAAAAUUAAGCCUUUUGGUCAAAUUCUUACAUCCUUGGUACCAAAUUUUACACAAAGCAACUGAUGAGCAUAUAAAUUAAUUUGAAUGUUGGCUACUUGUACGUGAACAACUUGUUGAUUGGGCAUCGUUACAAAAUGUGCAUGUUAUAUCAAACUUAGGGGGCAUUAGCUGAGUAGAUCUACAUAACCAUUUUGAAUCUGGUAACAUUAAAUGAUUUUUAAAGUUAAAAACUACAAGGACAGUUUGCAAAACCAUUAUUUAAUAUGUUUAUUUGGAGCAUGAAAGCUGUGCUUCCAUGGUCAUUUGUCAUAAUUUAUAUUGAUGCCUUAACAAUUUACAAUGUGUACAAUCACAUUCAUAAAGCACUAACUUACAAAAAUAUACAUUUUCCAUGACAAUAUGUUUAGCACUUUUUUUUAAUAAUUCAUCAAUAUUACCUAUGUAUAGCCAAAUAUGAACAGUAAAAAUAUAAAUCAAAAUUUGAAACAUA